GCUCGCCGCGGGCGCCGGAGGAGCGGCGGCGGGGAGGAGGCUCCGAAGGGGAUGCAGGAUGCGGAGGACCUGACACUUCUUGGAAACUCUCGGAAAUGGCUCCCGCCACAGCACCAGAGGGGGCUGCGAACCCGGGGCGGGCGCUCGCCCCCGCGGGGCUGCUGAGCCGCGCUCGGACGGAGGGCCGCGAGGCGCUGUCCCUGCGCUCCGCCGUCGGCUCGGGCUGAAAAAGUUUCUCCAUGGUUCCUUUGUGUCGCCCGAGCGCCCGUUCGCCGGCCCCGAGCUGCCCCAGUCUUCCUGGCCGGAGGAGGUGGCGGAGCAGCUAGUGGGCAGCUGGCGCCCCCCUGCACAAGCCUCCGCCCCAGGGGCUAGCCCCGCACUCCACCGGUUCGCCAUGAUCGCCACAGGCGGCCUGCUGAGGAUUUCUGCCAGAAAGCAGGAUCCUCUCCGACCCCCGAGCCAGGUCCCCAAGCGCAAGCGGAAAGCCAAGAAGAGGCGCAAGAACGACGUGGUGGUGGUGAAAGGCAAGCUCAAACUGUGCUCCGUCUCCGGGCUCAUCGCUCUUUGCGGGAUCCUGGUGCUGCUGGUGGGCAUAGCCAUGGCGGUGGUGGGUUACUGGCCCAAGGCCAACGGGGCCAAUAGGGAGGGGGGUAAGCAGCUGCUCCCCGCGGGCAGCGGCCACCGCGGCCCGACCACGGCCAACAGCAGCAGCAAUGGCAGCAAAAACCGGUCCAGGAGCCACCCGGGGACUCCGGGGGAUGUGAACUCGAGCUUCAUGGGCGCGCCCAGGAGCACGCCUCCAGCACGGUCCCCUGCCCCUUCUUCGUCCUCCUCCACGUCCGUGGGUUUCUUCUUUCGCAUCUUCUCCGGCUACCUGCACUCUGACAAGCUCAAAGUCUUCGGGCCCCUCAUCAUGGGCAUCGGCAUCUUUCUCUUCAUCUGCGCCAACGCGGUACUCCACGAGAACCGAGACAAGAAGACCAAGAUCAUCAACCUGCGGGACCUGUACUCCACCGUCAUCGACGUGCACAGCCUCCGCGCCAAGGACUUGGCUGCCGCCGCGGCUGCAGCCGCCGCCGCCGCCGCAGCUUCGACCUCGGCCCCCGCCUCGGCGCCCCGCGGGGCGGCGCCGCUCAAUGGCUUCCUCAGCUACGUGCAGUCCCGGGGCCUGGAGCUGAAGCCCGGGGUCUGUGGCGCCGGGGACGCCUUCGGGGCGGCGGCGAUGCUGGCCAGGGGCUCGUGGCCCCAAGCCACGGCGCGGGGCGCGGGCGUGGGCGGCGGCCCGGCCAGGGGCGCUGCGUCCCCGCCUGACCUGGCCUCGUCCCCGCGCUGCCCGCGGGACCCCCCGAGCAUGGCGGAGGCCGUGUACAGCAUCUACCGCGAGCGCUCGGGCGUGGCCGGCCGUCGCCGGGCCGUCGCGGUGGCCGCCGCCACCGCGGCCGCCAGCAGCAGCAGCAGCCCGGCGCCCUGCAGCCCACCCGAGAGCUGGGGGCGCCAGAGCACCGCCAGCUCCCUCGUGGGCUCCUCGCUGAGCGCCUUCGCGCUGCUGCCCUUGCAAGGGGACCGCGACGGGGACGCGGAGGGUGCGAGCUGCAGUUGGCAGAGGCCGCUUGGGGAACGCGGCUCCCGGGAGAUCCCGGGGGGCGAGGUCGACCUGACCUUGUCCGACCUCGGCGGCGCCCGGGACGGCGCGCGCUGGGCGCCCCUCGAGCAGGAGGAGCCCGAGGGCGCGGCGGCGGCGAGCCCCGCCAGGGGCCAGGGCGGCCGCCUGCCCAGGACCGGCAGGCGCGCGGCCCCGCGGCGCCGCAGCACCAGCAGGCUCCCGGACCACCGGGCGCCUCCGUCCCCCGAGCCCCCGCCGUCUCCGGGCAGCGCGGACCUGGACUCGAGCCUUCUGGACAAAGCUGCUUCCCCCUCGCCCCCGCUGCGGCUAGAGGACUCGGCCCCCGCCAGGCUGCGCUCGCCGAGCUCCCAGUCGGACGACCCAUCCUGCCCCAAUAAGGGCUACACGCCCCUGCCGGAGGCCGGCACCACCUUGGAGGAGGCUGUAGACGCAGUAGCCAAUGAAAGUCAAGACUGUGAGGCCGCCAGCGCCCCGGGUGCGGAGAGGGGACUCCCGGAGGAUCAUCCCAGCCAAGAGCCGCCCACGGCCGAGCCACCCCAGCCGGUGCAGAGGCAGUUUACAAACAAGGAGAAGCUCUUCAUGAUUUCCCGGUCUCACGCCUUUGGGGUAGAGGACGGAGAACUGGAAAGUACAGGCAUUUAGGGAAAGAGGCAGCGAGAGGCGAAAGGAGUGAGAAAAUAGGAGAAACGCCCUCUUGAAUCAGUGAAUUUAGCAGUUUCCUCUUUCCUCGCGGACUCAGUGGAGGAAACCAUCCCAUACCCAAAGAGCUGCAGAAUGUUAUCCUUGAACGGCGUUCGCAAGAUUCCUGUAGAUAACUCCAGGCAACUUUUUUUAAAGAGCAAACUAGUCUUUUAUGUCCGAUGGUGAUUGUAUGUUCCAUGAAAACCAAAUGUAUUAAAAGGUCAGCAAUGUAGUUCAUUAGAUAAAAUCUUAAUUUUCUUAGGAUCAAAAAUAAUAUAUUUUUGACAGUAAA